AUGAGGAUAAAUGUAAUUUCAGUUAUUGUAGUAUUGGGCUAUCUACUCUCUGUUGCCAAUGCAGUCGAUGAAACUUUAUUCGGUAAAGUUACAGUGGCGAACCUAACUCAUUGGCUAAAAACGUGCCAUUUUGCAUCCGGGAAGCAUCAAAAAUGCAGCAAAAUACCUCCCUCUCCAAGUGAAAAAACUACGAUUUCAAAAGCGUGAGGAAGAGGGCACGCAGUUAAAAACAUAGUUUUUUUAGUUGUAGAAGGAGGUAUUUUGCCACAUUUUUGAUGCUUCCCGGAUGCAAAAUGGUACGUUUUUUUCCACUGGAUCAGAUCCCUCACUGUAUUUUCGCCUCCUAAAGCAAACAAAAAGUUUAUUUAUUUAUUUUAUUUAAAGAAUUUUGAAGAUUCGAGAACAUUGUGAGAAAUCAUUACAUACGAUUUGCUUUAGGAAACUGUCUGCCGAAGAUUUGCAUCCAGAAAUGCCGGCUAGAGAAGGGACGAAUUGGUGGGUGCUGCAUUAAGGACGAAUGCAGAUGCUGGGUGGAACAUUUGCCGCCGUACGAAAAUUAA